AUGGAAAUCUAAUCAGAUAUGUAAUAAUAAAAAUACAAUACCAAUUAAGUGAUAACUCUUAAAGAUGUAGGAAUCUAUAAAGUAUAAAAUCUUGUUUUUUUCAAAAAGAAAACAGCAAUGUUAAAUUCAUUCAUAUCAAGUUCUGAUGGUUGCUUAAUUAUCAUCUGGUCAUAAGCAACCAAUUUUUUUAAUAAAAGUAAAUGGAAUCAAAUAUUUAAACUAAAAUAAAAACCUGAACAUAAUUGGAUAAUACGUAAUUAUGACAUUAAAUUUUUGUAAUUGAAUUCUGAAGAAAAUCAGAUUAUUUUUGCUCUUAAUUCUUAAAUCCAUUUUUUAUCCUCUUCAAAAUCUUGGGCUUGUGAAUAAAAAAUUUAGAAUUCACUUGAUGAAAUUAGAGGUUUAUCAAUUAAUCCAAAUGGAAAUUAAUUAGUAGCUUGUGAUCUUUAGAAUAUCACAAUACGAGAAUUACAUAAUUCUGAGUGGAAAUUAAAAUAAACUCUGCCAAUUAUUGGAUAAAAUUUUUGUUUUAUAAAUAAUUUCAUGUUCAGUUUCUAACCAAUUUAAUCUUAAGCAUUAUCAAUCUACUCAUUCGAUUGCAACAUUAGAGAAUAUAUAAAAUCUAGUGAAAUAAUUUGUAAAGGAUUAGUUAAAUAAGAUAAAAUAAUCGAAUCUUAUNCAAAUUAUAGUUUUUUUGAUUGUUUGAAUAAUUUAAUUUUAAAUUAGGGAGAAUUACAUAUUAAACCAAUAGAUUUAAUCAAAAUUAAUGAUGAAUGGUGUUGGGAAAUGAUUAGAGACUUAGAUAGAUUCUAGAGCUAUGAAGAAAAUAAAGAUAUACAAAUAAUUUUGAAUUAAAUAAUGAAAAAUUAGUUAUAAUAUAAAAAAUCAUUUAAAUUAUAUUUUUCGUUAAAUAUAAAGACGCCAGAAAAACACCAGAAAAUAUUUUCUAAUUAUCACCUAAUACAAUAAAUAAUAAUAAUAAAUAAUCAACAUAUGAAAUAAUAUCAAAAUUCUAAUUAAAAAAGAAAGUAGAUUGUUAUGCUUUAGCAAUCAAUCAUGAUAACUCUCUAUUUUUAGUUGGAUUAGAUGAAGGUAUCAAAGUUAUGGAAAUCUAAUCAGAUAUGUAAUAAUAAAAAUACAAUACCAAUUAAGUGAUAACUCUUAAAGAUGUAGGAAUCUAUAAAGUAUAAAAUCUUGUUUUUUUCAAAAAGAAAACAGCAAUGUUAAAUUCAUUCAUAUCAAGUUCUGAUGGUUGCUUAAUUAUCAUCUGGUCAUAAGCAACCAAUUUUUUUAAUAAAAGUAAAUGGAAUCAAAUAUUUAAACUAAAAUAAAAACCUGAACAUAAUUGGAUAAUACGUAAUUAUGACAUUAAAUUUUUGUAAUUGAAUUCUGAAGAAAAUCAGAUUAUUUUUGCUCUUAAUUCUUAAAUCCAUUUUUUAUCCUCUUCAAAAUCUUGGGCUUGUGAAUAAAAAAUUUAGAAUUCACUUGAUGAAAUUAGAGGUUUAUCAAUUAAUCCAAAUGGAAAUUAAUUAGUAGCUUGUGAUCUUUAGAAUAUCACAAUACGAGAAUUACAUAAUUCUGAGUGGAAAUUAAAAUAAACUCUGCCAAUUAUUGGAUAAAAUUUUUGUUUUAUAAAUAAUUUCAUGUUCAGUUUCUAACCAAUUUAAUCUUAAGCAUUAUCAAUCUACUCAUUCGAUUGCAACAUUAGAGAAUAUAUAAAAUCUAGUGAAAUAAUUUGUAAAGGAUUAGUUAAAUAAGAUAAAAUAAUCGAAUCUUAUAAUAGUACCUAUGUUUCAUCUAAAAAUUUAUUAUUAAGCAUUAAUGGAAAUUUUAUAAACAUUUUAUAAUUUUCUAUCUCUCAAAACUUGUAAAAUUAUGAGUGUAGAGUAGCAUAAUCAAUUGAAUUUAAGGAUAUUAGCAUAAUUGGUACUAUUAGUGAUAAUGGAGAAUUUCUAAUAAUUUAUGAUCCUACCUUAAAUGAGAUUUAAAUUAGAGAAAAUUAAGAUUAGAAAUGA